AUGAUUGUGAUUGGUGAUGAUAUUGUGGAAAUCGAGGAACUGCAGAAGCGUUUAGCAUCUGUAUUUGAGAAGAAAGAUUUGGGCAUAAGCGUUGGUAGCCAAUUUAUGCAUUCACCUAGUGAGGAUCAUAUGGCUGCUGUAAUGCGUAUUCUGAGUUACUUAAAGUCUGCUCCUGGGAGAGAUAAACGUUCUAUAUCAGGUUACUUCACAUUUGUUGGUGGUAACCUAGUUACGUGGCGUAGCAAGAAGCAAAACGUUGUGUCUCGGUCCUCUGCAGAGUCUGAGUACAGAGGGAUUGCCCAAGGGGUUUGUGAAAUACUAUGUAUAAGGUGGUUACCUGCUGAAAUUGGGUUUAGACCGGAUGUUGCUACAAAGCUCCACUGUGAUGGUCAGUCUGCAUUUGAAAUUGCUAACAAUCCGAUGCAACAUGAUCGAACUAAGCAUGUAGAAGUUUAUCGGCAUUUCAUUAAGGAGAAGCUGGAGCAUAAGUUCAUUUCUAUACCUUUUGUGCCUUCUUCGGAGCAGAUUGCAGAUAUGUUGACCCAUGUCGUGUCAAAGCGCCAAUUUGAAAACUCACUUAACAAGUUGGGCAUUACCGAUAUCUAUGCACCAACUUGA